AGUCGAAAUGACAAUUUCUUUGCGUUGGGCGGGCAUUCUCUUCUAAUCGUAAAGAUGCUAUCACAGUUGCGACAAAGUGAACUGGAUACCAACGUUCGGGAAGUAUUUGAUGCACCCUCAUUGGCUGUACUAGCUGAGACUCUGAGCCAUCAUGUGGCGAUCAGAACUCCACCCAAUCUGAUUGCCGUCGAAAGCACUGUUAUUACUCCAGAAAUGUUGCCGCUUAUCGAUCUAUUGCAGGAAGAAAUUGAUAUUCUAGUAGCACAGGUGGAAGGCGGUAUAGCGAAUAUUCAAGAUAUUUAUGGGCUAGCACCAUUGCAGCAAGGAAUCUUAUUUCAGCAUUUGAUGGCCGAGCAAGGCGAUCCAUACUUAAGAAUGAGUCAUUUACAAUUUAGUGAUCGUGAAAAACUUGAUAACUACGCAAUCGCGCUGCAACGGGUAAUUGAACGACAUGAUAUUCUGCGAACCGCCUUCAUAUGGGAAGGGCUUAGUGAACCGGCACAAGUUGUCUUGCGCCAUGUUCCAUUCUUACUCUCCGAAGUCAUACUAGAUGAAACCAAUGAGUCAGCUCUAGAACAAUUAAAUAACCGCUUCAACCCGCGUCACUACAAACUAGACCUGACACAAGCACCGCUAAUACGUCUAAUAGCUACACCAAUGUCUGAUGGCGGUUGGUUGGCUUCGAAACUUAUACACCACAUAACUUUUGACUAUGUUACUGCAGAGAGACUGAAUUCCGAAAUUCAGUUCGUAAUCAAUGAACAAUAUGAUCAGUUGACAACGCCCACACCUUUCCGCAAUAUAGUGGCCCAGGCCCGUUUGGGUGCUAGUCAAUCUGAGCAUAUCAAGUUCUUCAAAGAAAUGCUUGGCGACAUUGACACACCGACACUACCGUUUGGUCUAAGUAACGUUCAACAAGACAGAAACGAUUUCGAUGAAGCGUAUUUCAAGCUGUCACAGGAACUUGAUAAUAAGUUACGUUCUCUUGCACGUAAUUUCCGUGUCAGCUUGGCCAGCCUUUGUCAUUUGGCCUGGGCACAGGUACUCGCUAGUGCCAGCGGAAAUGAGAAAGUGGUCUUCGGUACUGUGUUACUCGGCCGUUUGCAGUCCGGAGAAGGGAACGAUAGCGCCAUGGGUAUGUUAAUUAAUACGUUACCAUUGCGAAUAAAUAUCGAUAAGAUGACUGUCGAGGCUGCUACUCGUCAUACCCAUACUAGGUUGAGUUCUCUGAUGGAACACGAACAUGCAACACUUGCCUUGGCGCAAAGGUGUAGUGGAGUUCCAGCUAAUCUACCACUUUUCACUUCGCUGUUGAAUUACCGUCAUAAAAAGAAAACCAAUCAGAUCGCUGCAACGAUUCCUGGAAUAAGUAUUCUCAGUAGUGGAGGCAGAACAAACUAUCCGUUAGCCUUGUCAGUGGACGACCAUGAGAACUCGCUGAAUCUUACAGUUAAGGUGGUGUCAUCAUUAUCAGCAGGGCGAAUCUGUGCCUAUAUGCAACAGACCCUCAGUUCGCUUGUAGAUGCAUUAACGCAAACACCACAGAAAUCUGUACGAACAUUGACAGUGAUACCACCAGAAGAACGGGUGAUGCUGUUGCAUGACUGGAAUAAAACGACGAUAGAUUAUCCACCUGUUCGUUGCCUUCACGAGUUAUUCGAGGCGCAGGUGGAGCGCGAUGGACAAGCAAUUGCCAUCGAGUAUGAAGGAGAAACAUUGAGCUAUACGGAAUUAAAUGCACGGGCAAAUCAGCUGGCACAUUACCUGCUCGCACAAGGCGUCAGACCAGAAGAUCGUAUCGCACUUUGCGUAAAGCGCAGCACUAAAAUGCUUAUUGCCCUUCUGGGUAUUUUAAAGGCCGGCGGUGCUUAUGUACCUCUUGAUCCAGCCCACUCAAGUCAAAGGUUUCAAAUUAUUCUGCAGGAAACCAAACCAAUAUGUGUAUUAACAGAUUCUGCUGGUCAAAAUGCACUUGGAGACCAUCAGUUUUCAAUAGUGGAUUUGGACAACACCGCGCUUUUGGGCUUGCCGAUUGAAAACCCAGAUCCACUUAAACUGGAACUCACUCCUGCACAUUUGGCUUAUGUGAUCUACACCUCCGGCACAACUGGAACACCGAAAGGGAUUUUGGUUGAACAUCAGCAGUGGACACGUCUCUUGAAUGUGGCAUAUGACAAAUUUGGCUUUAAUAAACAGGAAAAGUGGAGUUUAUUCCAUUCACUCUCCUUUGACGUUUCUGUAUGGGAGAUGUGUGGCGCGCUAUUUAAUGGAGGCCAGCUGGCAAUUGUGCCUUACAAUAUCAGUCGUUCUCCUCACGAAUUCUAUGAAUGGGUCUGUACUAAUGGUAUAACUGUACUCAAUCAAACCCCCUCCGCUUUUAAAAUGUUUCUGCAGGCGAAAAAUAUUAGAUCUAGGUCUGAUCGACUUCGAUUCGUGUUCUUCCGUGGUGAAGAGUUAAAUCAAAUGACUGUAAAGAAUUGGAGCGAAAAGAAUGCCAAUAGUCAAACUAUACUAAUCAAUAUGUAUGGCACUACGGAAACGCCAAGUGCCAUCCACGGACGAGUUGAAAUUUCGAAUGAUGUUCAUCCAAUUGGACGUCCAUUCCCAGAUCUUUGUGUUUAUUUGCUUGAUCCACACGGAGAGCCGGUCCCAUUGGGAGCCGAAGGAGAACUGUACAUUGGUGGCGCUGGUGUGGCCCGUGGCUACCUCAACCGACCUGAACUUACGGCGGAACGCUUUUUGUCCGAUCCAUUCAGUGAAAAUCCAACAGCACGCAUGUACCGCACUGGUGAUAUGGCACGCUAUCUACCUGAUGGAAAUAUGGUAUAUAUGGGACGCACUGAUCAACAGGUUAAAAUCCGUGGUUUCCGAAUUGAGCCCGGCGAAAUUGAGGCCCGUUUGGUGGAACAUCCUUUGGUGCGCGAAGCGGUUGUACAGCCAUGGAAGGACGAAAUUGACAAUGAUACCCGUCUGGUAGCCUAUGUAGUGGCCGAUUCAGAUGCGUCACUCGCCAACAAUCUACGUACAUAUCUGGCAUCCCUAUUGCCUGAUUAUAUGGUGCCAGCAGCAUAUGUGUGUCUAUCAUCAUUGCCACUCACACCAAAUGGCAAAUUAGACAGACGUGCACUUCCAACGCCGGACGAUGAAGCAUAUGCCC